AUGGACAUGCACUCUACAUUGUCUCAUUUGGAUGAACUCGAUCCCUCUAUUGACCCUUUGGCUAAUAGCUCUUUCCACUCCCACUCCCAUUCCCCCUCAGAAUCACCCUCGCAAAAACCAGUAUCAGAUCCACCUCAGAACCAGCUUCUGAAAACCCCUCCUCUAGCAGCCUCAGAACCAAACGUGCCCCUCAUUGGUAACGCACCAAAACUCCUUGACCAACAUGACUCUACUAAUGUCUCUGUCUUUGGCUUGGAUCCCGUCCCCUCUCCAAGGAAACUGGCAGAAAAACUCCUCUUCCAGCCAACAGACUCCUCUCCAAGACUCGUCAUAGACAAGUUGGUCUUGACUAACUUCAAAUCCUAUGCAGGUAUACAGGAAAUCGGCCCUUUUCAUACCUCAUUUAGUGCCGUUGUGGGGCCUAACGGUUCGGGGAAAUCUAAUGUUAUCGACUCCUUGCUCUUUGUCUUUGGCUUUAGGGCAAACAAAAUGAGACAGUCAAAACUUUGCGAAUUGAUCCAUAAUUCAGAGAGUUUUCCCAAUUUGGACUUUUGUCAAGUCGAUAUCCAUUUCGCCAAAGUCGUCGAUAACUAUGACUCCAACGGUAAUCCACUGAGCCCAACUUAUAUUCCAAAUUCAAACUUGUUGGUAUCCAGAAGGGCAGAGAAAAACAACGCCUCCACAUACUUUAUAAACAACAAAAAGAGUAAUUAUACAGAGGUCACUACUCUAUUGAAGAAGGAGGGAAUCGAUUUGGACCACAAGAGAUUCUUAAUUUUACAAGGUGAAGUUGAAAUGAUUGCACAAAUGAAACCAAAGGCAGAAACAGAGAAUGAUGAUGGACUACUCGAAUAUUUGGAAGACAUUAUAGGAACUUCCAACUAUAAGCAGGAAAUCGAGGAAAUUACAAGAGAAACUGAAACUUUACAAGAAAAAUUGACCGAAAAGGAACGUAUAUUCAAAAUAACUGAAAAACAGCACAAUGAUCUCAUCUCACGUAAAGAACAGGCAAUUGAGUACUUAAUUUUGGAGAAGAAACUGAAACAAGAAACAGCAAGAUAUUGGUACCUGACUCACUAUUCUGAAACUUUACAAUUGGAGAAGUAUUCCUCUAAAUUGCAAGAAUUGAAUCAUAGAAUCAAAGGUGAUAACUCAUUUAUAGAGGAGGCCAAAAGGAAAAUAGAAAACUUGAAGAAGAAAAAAUCAAAAUUGUCUGAAAGUUUAAACAGCAAGACCGACGAAAUAAUAACAUUGAGGAAGAAAUUCAAAUCCGUAGAGAGAGAACAAGUAUCUGCAAGAGAAAGUUUGAGAAUAACAACUAAGAAAUCAGAAAACUUAGAGAAAACCUUAGAAAAUAACAAGAAGUCUCUAAACACCAACGAAAAUGAGUUGAAAGAUCUCAAUUCCAAAAUCAAAGAUUUAGAGGAAUCAAUCUCAGAAGUGAAUAGGAAUUUAGUGACGGAGGUUUCCAAAUUGGAUGAGCUUAAAGCAAAAUUAUCUUCUCAUACGAAAACAUAUUCGGAUCAGAUUGAUAAACUGCAGCAGAAGUUAGAACCUUGGAAGACAAAACUGGAUAAAAAUAAAAGUGAAUACAAUAUCAAGAAGGCUGAAACAGAGUUAUUGGAGAACCAGCUAGAACAGAUACUGAAUGAAAGCAAUAAUUUGAAGGCGAUUAUAGUGAACAAGGAGGAUCAACUAAAGUUGAACUCCUCCAAAAUCGAGGCUUUGGUUGACAAAAAGUCGGUUACCCAAGAAAAUAUCCAAAGGCAUACACCAAAUUUUGAGGUGGCCGGUAAAGAGCUCAAACGUUUAGAAUUCGAAAUCAAAGAACUGGGAGAUAAAAUAGAAGAUGCAAGAAAUAAAGCUUCAAGCAGUGAGUCUCAAAACAAAGUUCUUAAUGCACUGAAUAAGCUUCAACAAUCAGGUAGAAUAACUGGAUUUUAUGGGAGAUUGGGUGAUUUGGGUUCUAUUGAUGACAAGUAUGAUAUUGCAGUAUCAACAGGUGGUGGUUCUUUGAAUGACUUUGUUGUGGAAACUGUUGAAGACGCUCAAACCUGUAUCCAAUAUUUGAGACAAAAUAGGCUGGGGUUUGGUAAGUUUAUUGUGUUACAAAAACUCAGAAAAUUUAACCUCAACAAAAUAAAUACACCUGAAAAUACCCCUAGGUUGUUUGAUCUGAUCAAGCCAAUAGAUGCGAAGUUCGCACCAGCAUUCUAUAGUUCUAUGUAUGACACGUUGGUUGCUCCGAACUUGACUGUUGCCAAUCGGGUCGCAUUUGGCGGUUCAAGAAGAUGGAGAGUAGUAACUUUAGAUGGUAAAUUGGUUGACGUUAGUGGAACAAUGUCAGGUGGUGGUAAUAGAGUAAACCGUGGUGGUAUGAAGCUUUCUUCUAACGCUUCACAAUUUGUCAAUCUGGUAUCCGCACAGCAAUUGAAGGAGUGGAAAGAUGAACUUGAAGAUAAGGAAAAGAGAUAUAAUGUUGCGGAGGAUCAAUAUAGGAAGAUGGACCAACUUUUAAGAAAGUCGCAAGAAGAUAUUCCUAGAAUGUCGGCUGAAAUUCAAACCCUAAAAAUGGAGAAUACUACCUUGAAGGAUGAAAUCGAAGAUACCAAGGCAAGGAUGAAUGAUUGGACUUCAAAGAGUAGCCAAAUAACUCUAUUGCAAGAGAAAAUCGAGAAAAACUCAAAAUCCAUGCAGAAAAUCAACAAAGAUAGAGCCAAGCUAGAGGAAACCUCAACUUUAUUGCAGUCUCAAAUAGAUGAACUGCAGCAAAAAAUUAUAGAUACCGGUGGUAUAAGAUUGAAAACACAGACAAAUAAGGUUCAAUCACUUAAGGAUGAGAUUCAACUAAAGAGUGAAAUUAAACAAAAUGAUGAAUUGAGGGUCACAAAAUUACAGAACCAAAAUCAAAAACUAGUAAAACUUAUAGAGCAAUCGGGUCUACAACUAGAAGAAAUAUCACAGACAAUAACGCAAUUAACGCAUGAGCUUGAGACCAAAACCAAAGAAGCGAAAACGUUGGGGACUGAUAUAGAAAAGUUGGAUGGUGAAAAAGACCGGAUUUCAUUUGAAAUCAAUGAAACAAAUGAUCAACUUGAAGUAGAAGAUUCCACGUUACGUGAGAAAUCCGACUUGAUAGCUUCAAAAAUAAAGGAAAUUGAGAAAAUUGAAACAGUAAUCCGCAAGAUACAAAUUGAAAUUGAUCAUGCAAGGGAGUCUUUCAAUAAUAUUGAAUACAGAGAUGUUCAUCCAUUAAUUUCGUGGAUGGCAGAAGAUGACCCGUUAUUCUCGCAGCUGAUCCAAGAAAAACCGAGCUUUGACGAGGAGUAUGCAGGAAGAGAAAUCAAGUCAAAAGGUUGUGAUCUAAAGAAGCUAGGAGAAGAUGUUGACAACUUGAAGAAAGAAUUGAGUGAUUUGACCGUUAAUUUGGAUAUUUUGCCAUCUUUCGGGAGUAAGGAACAGGAAUUUCAAACUUUCAAGAGUGAAUUGGAAGAAGCUGCAACAAAAUUGCAUGAGAUUAAAGAAAGAGGCGAAGAGUUGAAUGAACGUAGGCACAGUGAAUUUAGUGAAGGAUUCAACCAGAUAUCUUCAACUUUGAAAAGCAUGUACCAUUUGAUCACCGCUGGUGGUAUGGCCGAGCUAGAAUACUCUGAUUCUCAUGAUGCCUUUUCUGAAGGUAUCGUUUUCUCUGUGAUGCCACCGAAGAAAUCUUGGAGAACUAUAUCCAAUCUAUCUGGUGGUGAAAAAACAUUGGCGUCAUUGGCUUUAGUUUUCGCCUUACACCACUACAAGCCAACACCAUUGUACGUGAUGGAUGAGAUUGACGCAGCCUUGGAUUUCAAAAAUGUUAGUAUUGUUGCAAACUACAUAAAAUCAAGGACUAAAAACGCCCAGUUCAUCGUUAUUUCAUUGAGAAACAAUAUGUUUGAAUUGGCAGAGAGUUUGAUCGGUAUAUACAAGGUCAACAAUAUGACCAAGUCUGCGACACUAAUUAACAGAGAUUUAAUUGGAAAAUAA